AUGGUCAACUUCACUGUUGAUGAGGUCCGUGCCCUCAUGGACUACCCUGAGCAGAUCCGUAACAUGUCUGUGAUUGCUCACGUGGACCAUGGUAAGUCGACUCUGUCAGACUCACUCGUGGGUGCCGCUGGCAUCAUCAAGAUGGAGGAUGCUGGUGACAAGCGUAUCAUGGACACCCGUGCUGAUGAAAUUGCACGUGGUAUCACCAUUAAGUCAACUGCCAUUUCCAUGCAUUACCAUGUGCCACGCGAGAUGAUUAGCGAACUUGCUGACGACAAGCGUGACUUUCUGAUCAAUCUGAUCGACUCACCCGGACACGUUGACUUCAGCUCUGAGGUGACGGCGGCACUCCGUGUGACUGACGGCGCUCUGGUGGUUGUUGAUUGUGUGGAGGGUGUGUGCGUCCAGACGGAGACGGUGCUGCGUCAGGCACUGACGGAGCGUAUUCGCCCCGUGGUCUUCAUCAACAAGGUGGACCGUGCCAUCCUGGAGCUGCAGUUGGAUCCCGAAGAGGCCUACCAGGGCUUUGUGAAGACACUGCAGAACGUGAACGUCGUGAUUGCGACAUACAACGAUCCUGCCAUGGGCGAUGUCCAGGUGUAUCCUGAGAAGGGUACUGUUGCCAUUGGUUCUGGUCUGCAGGCGUGGGCGUUCUCUGUCACGCGUUUUGCCAGGAUGUACGCGUCGAAAUUCGGCGUUGAUGAGGCAAAGAUGUGCGAGCGUCUUUGGGGCGAUAACUUCUUUGAUGCCAAGAAUAAGAAGUGGAUCAAGAGCGAAACCAACGCUGCUGGCGAACGUGUUCGCCGUGCAUUCUGCCAGUUCUGCUUGGACCCCAUUUACCAGAUCUUCGAUGCCGUGAUGACUGAGAAGCAGGACAAGGUGGAAAAGAUGCUUAAGUCGUUGAACAUCAAUCUGACGGCGGAGGAACGUGAGCAGGUGCCCAAGAAGCUGCUCAAGUCGAUCAUGAUGAAGUUCCUGCCAGCUGCGGAGACGCUGCUGCAGAUGAUUGUGGCACACCUGCCCUCACCCAAGAAGGCUCAGAGCUACCGCGCGGAGAUGCUCUACUCUGGCGAGGCCAACCCAGAAGACAAGUACUUUACUGGUAUCAAGAACUGCAACCCCGAGGCACCGUUGAUGCUGUACAUCAGCAAGAUGGUUCCCACAGCUGAUCGCGGUCGCUUCUUUGCAUUCGGUCGUAUUUUCGCCGGUAAGGUGCGCAGUGGACAAAAGGUGCGCAUCAUGGGUAACAACUACAUCUACGGUAAGAAGCAGGACCUGUACGAGGACAAGCCAGUGCAACGUACGGUGCUGAUGAUGGGUCGCUACCAGGAGGCGGUGGAGGACAUGCCUUGUGGUAAUGUGGUUGGUCUUGUGGGUGUUGACAAGUACAUUGUGAAGUCUGCCACCAUCACUGACGACGGUGAGACCCCACACCCUCUGCGUGACAUGAAGUACUCUGUGUCACCCGUUGUGCGUGUUGCGGUGGAGGCGAAGAACCCCUCCGAUCUGCCCAAGCUUGUUGAAGGUCUGAAGCGCCUUGCCAAGUCCGAUCCACUUGUGGUGUGCUCAAUUGAAGAGAGCGGUGAGCACAUUGUUGCUGGCGCUGGUGAACUGCAUCUUGAGAUCUGUCUCAAGGACUUGCAGGAGGACUUCAUGAACGGUGCCCCACUGAAGGUAUCAGAGCCUGUCGUCUCUUUCCGCGAAACAGUGACAGAUGUGUCGUCUAUCCAGUGUCUGUCCAAGUCUGCCAACAAACAUAACCGUUUGUUCUGCCGCGGUGCCCCACUGACGGAGGAGCUUUGCAUUGAGAUGGAAGAUGGCCUGAACGCUGGUCCUGAGAGCGACCCGAAGACACGUGCCCGCUUCCUUGCGGACAAUUUUGAGUGGGACGUUGCUGAGGCGCGUAAGAUCUGGUGCUAUGGCCCUGAUAACCGCGGUCCCAACGUUGUUGUGGACGUGACGAAGGGUGUGCAAAACAUGAUGGAAAUGAAGGACUCAUUCGUUGCGGCGUGGCAAUGGGCGACACGCGAGGGUGUUCUGUGUGAUGAGAACAUGCGUGGUGUGCGUAUCAACGUGGAGGACGUGACGAUGCACGCGGACGCUAUCCACCGUGGUGGUGGUCAGAUCAUCCCUACCGCCCGCCGUGUGUACUAUGCGUGCUGCCUUACUGCUUCACCCCGUCUCAUGGAGCCUAUGUUCCAGGUCGACAUCCAAACUGUGGAGCACGCGAUGGGAGGCAUCUACGGUGUGCUGACACGCCGCCGUGGUGUGAUCAUCGGCGAGGAGAACCGCCCCGGUACACCCAUCUACAACGUCAGGGCUUACCUUCCCGUUGCGGAGUCAUUCGGUUUCACCGCCGAUCUGCGUGCCGGCACUGGUGGUCAGGCGUUCCCGCAGUGCGUGUUUGACCACUGGCAGCAGUACCCUGGUGACCCACUGGAGCCGAAGUCGCAGGCCAACACAUUGACCCUGAACGUGCGCCAGCGCAAGGGUCUGAAGCCCGAUAUUCCAGGCCUGGACACCUUCCUUGACAAGUUGUAG